CUAGCUGGUUCCAGUGACUGAUUGAGGGACUAAUAAUGGGCGUCUCAGUUUAGGUCGUGUCGGAAAACAAGGAUGCGGUUGCUGUUUAGUUAGGGGAAAAAACACUCGGGAAGGGGAAGGUCUCUUGGAAAAGAAAAGAAAAAAAGACCUUAGAUCGAGUUUUUCUGCAGGCUUCCAAAACGGGGAGUAGACCAGCAGAAGACAGGAACGCACGCAGGAAGCCAAGGUUGCUGUUCGGUGCUGAGAGGGAUAGUAGGAGAACUCUACUGUAGACUCCAUGUUACAGGAUUGCACAAGGGGCUGCUGCAAAUGGCCUAAAUCUUCGCUGAGACAACUUGGCGAAGAGUGGUUGAACAGAAAUUGAAUACUGCUUUCUGGCUAUUGAGUGUUACUCUGGCAGUCCUGUGUGAUAUUCCGCAGGCAGGAAUCAUGCCAGCGUUAUCAACUGGACCUGGAAAUGACACAGAUCUGUAUGAACUGCUGGCUGCCUUGCCUUCUCAGCUCCGGCCACAUGUGGACAGGCAGGAAGACCAGACCUUCCUUCGAGAUAUGUUUGGUGAAAAAAGUCUCCAUUCCCUGAUGAAGAUUCAUGAGAAGCUCCAGCAGUUUGAGAAGCAAUGCCCAUCACCUGUCCUUCACACUGCAGCCUCCUUAGCGGAUGAUCUGGCUGAGGAUCUGCAGAGCAAGCCAAUGGACAGCGAGACUCGAGAGCUGCUGAAGUUGCUGUCCAGACCGCAUGUCAAGAGUUUGCUUUCUGUCCAUGACACAGUAGCUCAGAAGAGCUAUGACCCAGAAUUGCCUCCUUUGCCAGAUGAUAUUGAUGAUGAUGAAGAUUCAGUGAAGAUUAUCCGCCUGGUCAAGAAUAAGGAGCCACUAGGGGCAACAAUAAAAAGAGUUGAAAACACAGGAGCUGUUGUUGUUGCAAGAAUAAUGAGAGGAGGCGCCGCUGACAGAAGUGGUCUAAUCCAUGUGGGGGAUGAGCUGAGGGAAGUGAAUGGAAUUCCUGUGGAGGAUAAGAAACCUGAGGAAAUCAUUCACAUUUUGGCCCAGUCACAAGGGGCAAUAAUAUUUAAGAUCAUACCAGGCAUCAACGAGGACACAAACAGCAAGGAGCCCAAGAUGUUUGUCAGAACCCUUUUUGACUAUGAUCCUAAUGAGGACAAAGCGAUCCCAUGUAAAGAAGCUGGGCUUCCUUUCAAAAAGGGAGAUGUCCUUCAGAUCAUGAGCCUGGAUGAUGCAACCUGGUGGCAGGCCAAACUGGAAGGUGAUGCCAACGCCCGAGCAGGCCUGAUCCCUUCCAGACACUUCCAGGAGAGGCGAUUUGCACUGAGAAGGCCCGUAACCCUUGUUCAUCCACAAAGAAAUUCAAACAGAAGAUUAUACGAGGGGACUGUUAAAAGUGAAGAAAUGGAAGAAGAUGCUGAAAGUGGUCCCCAUGUAAACGGAUUCUACAUAGCUGGUUUACGGAGAAGCUUUCGACUCAGCAGAAAAGACAGAAAAACAAACAAGUCGAUGUACGAGUGCCAGAAGAGCGAGCAUUACGACAUGGCUGAUGUACCGACAUACGAAGAGGUGACCCCGUACCGGAGACAGUCCAGUGACAAGUACAGGCUGGUGGUGCUGGUUGGUCCUGUGGGAGUGGGAUUGAAUGAGCUGAAAAGGAAACUGCUGGUUUCCGAUCCCCAGCAUUACGGAGUGACAGUGCCACACACCACGAGAGCAAAGAGGAGCCAGGAGACUGACGGUGUGGAAUACCACUUCAUCUCCAAGCACCUGUUUGAGACAGAUAUACAAAACAACAAGUUUAUCGAACAUGGUGAAUACAAAGGAAAUUAUUAUGGAACCAGCCUUGACUCUAUUCGCUCAGUAUUGAUGAAGAACAAGGUGUGCUUGUUGGAUGUGCAGUCACAUACGAUAAAACACUUAAGGACAUCAGAAUUUAAACCCUUUGUGAUUUUUGUGAAGCCACCGCCAAUCGAACGAUUGCGAGAAACCAGAAAAAACGGCAAGGUCAUCUCCAGCAAAGACGACAGGGGCUCUGCAAAGUCUUUCACGGAGGAAGAUUUUCAGGAAAUGAUCAGUGCAGCACAGAUGAUGGAGAACCAGCAUGGCCAUCUGUUUGAAAAAGUCAUUGUGAACGAUGAUCUAGUGACAGCCUUUAAUGAGAUGAAGACUGUGUUGAAAAAGCUGGAAGUGGAGACUCACUGGGUCCCAGUGAGCUGGAUGCACUCUUAACAAAAAGGGAUGAACAAACAUUUCACUUUCUCAAAAGCAUGCAACAUUUCACUUUCUCAAAUGCAUGCAACGUUUCACUUACUUCAAGGCAUUAAAAAGCUCAAAAAACAUUCAAACAACACCUUAACUUGUUACUGUCUUAUUUAACCUGAAUUCAGUUACUGACACUAGAUUGUUUUUUUAAAUAUACAGAACUUAUCUUGUCAAGUGGAGUGCUAACCAGUUUAACUGCCAAUCAGCACUGUGCCAGUGUGGUCUUGUUUCUUUGUAUUGUUUUAACAUUAGUUUUAGAAACCAAAGGGAUUCUUUUUCUGCAAUGUCAAAGGUUGUACAUUUUUUGCAUAUAAAGAACAGAUUAAUUAAUGUUAUUUAAACAUGAAAACUUAAUAUAUUAUUUUAAUCAACUGCUUUUUAAAACUACAUAUGCAUAUUUUGCAGCAACCUGGCGCUUUUUUUUUUUGACAAUCACAUUUAGUACGUGGAUUAUAUAGUUGUAUAUUCUAAUGGUAUUUGAAUGAUUAACAGUAAAUGCCCCCUGGUCCAGUGGUGAUAUUUAUCAUCAACAUUAUUAAACACAAUAAAACUGCAGUGGGGAACAGUUCUCAUUACAGUAGGUUUACUAGUUUGAGGGCAGCGGUUUAUAAAUUCACUGCUGUUAAGAUCAUUUUAAAAAUACACUAUUACCGGCAUUUUAAAAAACGUUUUUUUUUUUUUUUUUUUGUAAAUGCGGCAUUUCUAAGAAGUUACAUGCAGAAGGUAAUGAUGCACCCAGUACCUAGUGUAAGAACUCCACCUUGCUUGUAGGGUGUGAGACAGUUUGUCUGGACAAGCUAUCUGGCUUUGGCUACUACUUCGUAGAGGGUUACUGAAACUUGUAUAGUUAGGGUGGAGUUGAAUUUUCUUGCUGUAUUUGUCCAGAUUUACUACUGAAGCAAAUGUUUAAUUGUGACUCCUGAUGCAACAGGGUGUGAUUUUUUUAUUUAAAAUGCAGAACUCAAAUGUUGGUCAUUUGGUGGUGGGCUGGGGGGGGGGGGUAGUAUGCAGUUAGGUAUAUCUGCAACACCUAGAAGUGAAGAAUUUAGUGAAAAACUGAAACGAUGCAACAGGGAAAGUUGCAUCUCUUUGUGUGUGUUUCUAGAAGUGUCUGUUCUAGAUGUUGGCUUUGUACAGUCAUGCUCAGCAUUCCAUGUAUAUAUUUACCUCUCCUUGUGCAGGUCAACACACCAGCAGGUGCACUGUAAUUGUAUUUGAACAGAUGAUGAAUAUUAUUAUACAUUGUGUUUUUAACUGAGUGUUGUAUUAUAAUGUUAGACAGCUAAACUGUUAGUACUUCUUCCGAGCAUAUGGAAAUCCAUCUUGCAUCACUGUUAACAAGGAAUGUUAACCUUAUCUACUGUACAGCCUUUGAGGUUUCAGAUUAAACUUGCUUCCUUUGCUCAUUGUGCAGUUUCUUUUAAACAUGUUACUGGAAUUAAUGAUUUUUUGUGAUUUUGUUGCUUUAACAGUACAGUCCCUUGUUUUGUACUCAGUUUUCUGUAUUUACAAUAAGUCUGGAGAAGCAGAUUAAUUUUUUUUCACAAAGUACAUUAAAUCAUUAACUGUAUAAAUCAAUGUAACCGUGGUUUCCUUUACCUUUCAUAAGGACACUGCUGAGUUGGUGGUGGGAUUUCCAAUGAAAAAAACAAAUACGUUUUUCUCACUGUAUUUUUGUCAUACCUUUUGGGUAAUUUGGGUUUCCACUUGCGCUUUCUCUAUGGCAGCUCCUGAGAAAACCCAGGAGUAAUAUGCAGAUUAUUUAAAUUGAUGCUGGGACUAAGGUGUAUCGGGGAAAAUAUUGCUGUAUUUUUCAGUUCAUAAUAGUUAUUUGUGGCUGCAUUUAUUGGUUUGUUGCAUGAUGUAGAUCAGAGAUUGUUAGUUGUUCUGUUUUAUUGUGUUUUGGCAUGUGCCACCCUGAGAGUCUGAAUAGUGUUAAUCUCUGGGGGAGUGUGCUGGCCGGGACUUUGUGGUGAACAGUGUGAGCAGUGCUUAAAAAUAAAUAAAAAAAAAAAAAAAAAAAACACUGAAUGAAGAGGACUAAACCCCUAGUACUGUAUGCUUAUGUUUCCUGUUUGGUCAAAUAAUCUUGCUAGGGCUACUUCCAGCAGAUCUCAGUAGUUAAUAAAGAAUUGCUUGGUAUGGCCUUUAGUUAUAGUAUAAAGCUGAGCGAGGUUACAUCACAAAAGGGAUCUUCACUGCUGAAGUCUUGUGAACAGAAGGUGCAGCUUUCGCACGUUUCCAUGCAAAAAAAACCCCUAAAACAUCAUUUUUGGUCGGUUUGCGCAGCUUUUUAGUGUGAUCAGGAGAUUUAUCCAUCUUUUUAAAGCCGUACCAACGUGUCGCCCUUCAUAUAGCGUGAGGAAGGUACUUGCUGCAUCACAUUCUCACGACAAUGCAGAAAGAAUCUGGAGUUUUUAAAUUGCAAGGAAACCCUGCCUGCCAUUCACUAUGAUUCAACGUGUAGCCUUCGCAAUAGUUAAAGGAAAUCACCACGGUUACAGAUGUAGGACUAAUUAUGUUAAAGUGAGGUAUCAAUAUUCUGUAUGGGCUACAGAACAAAGACAUCAUUACAGGGUUUUCCAGCACCCAAUUCAUUCUUAUAUGUAUAAGUACUAUAUGUUAUUGGAUUGCCCAGUCUCCAGUUAAUUAGAAUGCCCAUUACCUCAUGUCUGCAGGAUAUGUUACCUUAACCUGCAUAUUUCAAUUAGGAUUGUGAAGCUAGAAGACGUUGCAUACAAGGGUGAUGACAGAGUCCAGAUUCUGCCCAUCACUUUCUUUCUUGGUGUUCUUUCUUAGCCAGAGACUACUGUACUUUAUCUAAAGUAACAUUAGCUAGUCCAAAAAAUAUGCUAAUCUGUGUGCGGUAAGGAUGGCUGAUGGGUGACAUCAGACCAGGAAAUACAGAGACACAGUACUGUGAGUCAAUGCACUGGUGCGCAGAUUUAUUGUAAAACAAAAUGAUUUAACCAAACAAAACAUGUUGUAAAGAAAAGGGCACAUUGGCCAAAACAGAACAGAUAAAGCAAACAAACACUAACCACUGUACAUCCAGGAACUAGAUUUACAAUUGACAUAUAUAUAUAUAUAUACACACACACACACA